UUUUGUUUUCUUCAAAUCUGGGUUUUUGUAUAUAUGGGUUUUGAAGAUCUGCUCUUCAAAGGUGUUGUGCCUCAACAAAGGCAGCAGAAACCGUAAGAAAAUUCAUAGAUCUGAGAUUUUGUGACAGAGAGGUCAUCAGUGGUGCCUCACCUGUGCAUCAGACUUUAACUACUUCACCAUAGCCAGCACUGUGAAUUGUGAGGGGUCUUUUUCCAAAACCAGAAAGAAACCCUUCCAUUUUUCACCUUGGUUCACCACUAAAGUGCUGUCGUAGCUUCUGCUCCAUCGUUCUCUCAGUUCACUGUUCAAUCUCUCCUUGCUCAGUAUAAAAGUUCCUCAUUUUGUUGCAAAAGGUUCAGGUUUACUUCAAAUCAAUGGCUGUUUCAUAUGUUCACAUGCUUCAAUGCAACAGGGGUUUCCACAAGGGUAACCUCUCCUAUCCUAAUUGCAGUUACAAGGCGAGGAGGAGCCACCGUUUAGUUUUUGCUUCUAUGCACACACCAGAACCUAAGGUAGACUCAUUACUGGACAGUGUAAAAUGGGAUACCAAAGGUUUGGUUGUGGCAAUAGCUCAGAAUGUUGACACAGGGGCCAUAUUAAUGCAAGGUUUUGCCAACAGAGAAGCAAUAGCUACAACUAUAUCUUCUCGAAAGGCCACAUUCUAUAGCCGAUCACGAUCUACAUUGUGGACCAAAGGAGAAACCUCUAAUAAUUUUAUCAAUGUUCACGAUGUCUUUAUUGAUUGUGAUCGUGAUUCUAUAAUAUACCUGGGAAAACCUGAUGGGCCUACCUGCCACACAGGGGCAGAAACAUGCUAUUAUACAUCAGUUUUUGACUUGUUAAAGCAGCAAGAGGCUGAGGAAAAUAAAUUGGCAUUAACCUCUUUGUAUGCAUUAGAGUCAACAAUCUCGCAACGGAAAACAGAGUUAAUAGGAGAAAAUGAAAAGCCUUCAUGGACAAAGCGAUUAUUGCUUAAUGAUAAGUUGCUAUGCUCUAAAAUCAGAGAAGAGGCAAACGAGUUGUGUCAAACUCUAGAGAACAAUGAGGACGAGAAACGUACGGCUUCAGAGAUGGCUGAUGUACUCUAUCAUGCCAUGGUUCUGUUGGCAAAGAAAGGUGUCAAAAUAGAAGAUGUUUUGCAGGUUCUUCGUCUGAGAUUUUCCCAAUCUGGUAUUGAGGAGAAGAAAAGUCGUGUAUCCCAGAAAUCAGUGGAUGAUUGAAUGUUCUGUCAACUCUGUAUCUCAAACAAUAUAUUUAGCUUUCGGCCUCAUAGCCAGAUGCACCAUUCGUGUUCUUAUCGGUGGGACUAUGCUGAAUAGGGUAACAUUGUUAAAUAGUGUAGAGAAUGUCGAGAACACCAUGUAACUGUUAUCCUCUCAUUUUUGCAGAAUUCAGUUUUACACUUUAAAUAAAAGGUUUAGUUAAUUGUAUUGCUUGCAUCAUGCUUAUGCGUAGCAAACUGCAAGUCUGUAAUGCACUAAGCCCUUAAUUUUUGUCUCUUAGUUAUUUGCUCAAGUAUCUUUUAAA